GGAAUUCUGGGUAAUCUUAAUCUGUUCACUCUAAUGGCGGUGUAGCUUUCUUGGAAGUUCGAGUUGUGGGUUUUUUGACGACUGUUGUUAGGAAAUAGCUUGAAGUAUAUGCUUUCUGUCUGAACAAGGGACAUUCUCUGAAACGGCUGCUAUAUAUAUGUGUGUAUAUUGACUGUGGUUUCUGGGCGUUUUUUUCUGCCAGACGAGAUAAUCCCAGCAAGUGUUCUGUUUAUAUUUUGCUUUUAAGUGACAUUCUCUUGUCUCUGCCAAAACGACAUCGCUGCAACAUUCAACUGUGAAUCUACCGACAUCAAUCACUGAUCUAUCUGCUCCACCGUUUCAACACAACAAUAUCUCUAUUUCCAACCUGUUUGUCGAUCAUGCUAUUGUUGAACACACAACUAUACUUACUCAUGUCAUCUUCAUCACGGCAUCCUUCUUGCUCUGUUUACGAUAAACAAAAACUCACGAAAAUUGCAACACUUCGGCGAGCAUUUUGCGAAAAUCAAUCUAGUUGUGUAAACACCAUAAGUAUAUGUUAUUGAAGUUUAACAGGGAACAUCACAGACUCUAUAUUUUCUUUUGGAAAUCUCAGUUACAACAACAAAACUGCCAUAUUCUGCCACUUCUCAUUCAACAGUAUCAAAGCAUUCUUCAUCUGUUUGGCGCCACUAAACAACAAUCUCUUUCUAAAUAUACAUCGCAGAUAUCUUCAUCGACGUCUUUAUCGUUGGGAUUGAUUUCUGUUUGAAUCUGCUCUGGUUGCAUAACGUAUAAAUAAAGCCGGAUUUCAUUAAACAGUGAUUCAAGAUGAAGCUUUUGGAUAAUUCCAAAUUUGAGGCCAUCACUUCCAAACUGUCGAUGACCCAGGAGAAUUGUCAAAUAGAUGGAAGGUUGGAAAGUUACUCGUGUAAGAUGGCUGGAAGUGAUAAAAGAUUAUUUAAAGCAAUUAGCACUGAUGGUGGUUUCUCUCCAAAUGACUUACAAGCAUUAUCCCCGCCACAGGGUCUAAUUUCACAGAGCCCAAACCAACUAACCUCACAUAGUUACAGCGAUGGAGAAGGGCCUCUUUGUGAUACAAUAUCCACAAAGACAUUGUUUUAUUUGAUCUCCACAUUGAAUGCUUCUUUCCAACCAGACUAUGAUUUCAGCAAAGCCAAAAGUGAAGAAUUCAGUAAAGAAUUCUCUGUACAGAGUGUGGUGAAUACGAUAAACAACCAACUGUCUGCCGUUAUCGGGGACUCCUUCAGUGUGUUUAAGCAGCAACUUUGGGCAACCAUCGACGAAGAGAUUUCUUUAACUGAUUGUGACAUCUUCAGUUACAAUCCAGAUUUGGUCUCAGAUCCGUUUGGAGAAGAAGGCUGCAUUUGGUCCUUCAAUUAUUUCUUCUACAACAAAAAAUUGAAACGAAUCAUCUUUUUUACAUGCAGAGCCACAAGCUGGCCGGUAGCCUACACAGACCUUGACUCUUGUCAAAAUAUAGGCUUCAUUGAAGACAUAACAAUGCUUGAGGAUGGAGAGAUGUAUUAAGAGGCUUCAAGCAUUAACAAGUGUCAUCAACUAAAAUG